CUCGCAGCAUCUACCCGAAUGAUCCUGCAGGUCAAAGAGAGGUAAAAAUAAGAACCUGCCAGGUGGCAGAAAGGCUAAAAGGCUGUUCGUCCGGGAAACGGCAGACCGGUAGCUGUUUCGCACAUCGUCGAAUGACCACAGAGAGCAAGAUGAAAGCAUAUAAGAGGUAUUCACGAAGUCAAUGGCCAGUCACUCAGUGAAUCUCGCAGUGCUUGCCGUUUUUUAGUUCUUCCAUUUGCCCAGGAACAAUGUUCACUCGGAUAUUGGCGUUGGUUUCCAUCUCUCUUCUCCUCACAGAGACCACUGAGAGUGCCCCGGCUUUGGCAAGCGCAAGGCAGUUUCUUUCCGGGCAUCCGGGAUACAUUCCGGUUUAUAUCAGAGCCGGCGACACGCCCCUCGAAGAUAUCAACCCCGAUCUAGCGGACGCUUUCAACAGUUACGCCCGGAGGUACGGGCGACUUACGUACGGCCGCUCUAUAGGUGACAAAUCCGGAGAAUCAGACGGCCACGAUGAGUUUCCGGAUUUCGCGGAGGUCGACGCGGUGAAUCUGGAAGAAGAUGCGACACCGGAAGGCGAUAACAAUAACAUAGGCGCGCCCCAGAAUCCAGGCGGGUCCCACAUCCAGAAAAUCCCUAGGGAUCUGAAUUUGUGAUAUGAAUAACGUUAGAAAUAUUUAUUUUCUUGUAAAUAUAAGGAUACUAAUAUGA